CCUUGGGCGAAUUCGAACAGAGGCUGGGGGGGCCCAUGCCCCAGGCUCGAGCUCCUACCACCCACAGCCGCCCCUUGGCCCAGCCCCCCCACUCAAGCCAAGCACAAAGAAAUGGCUCAGCCCAGAAAACACUGCGCGGCCCCCGCCUCCCCAACACGGCCGGCCCUACUCAAAGGUUCCAUCCGUUCACUCUGCACGUAUUUGUGAGGGUUCUAACGUGUGCCCGGGACAGUGCCAGGUGCAGAGGUUCCAAAGACUGAAGGAAAUAAGCCGUGCCCUCCGUUAGAUUCCGUUCUGGCGCUCCCUCCCGCUCCUGGACAAGGGCCGAAGGCCAGAUGUGAACUCGCUGGGCCUGGGGGGCUGAGCCAGGGAGCGCUUUUCCCAGAUGCCCCGCCCGGGGGGCUGGCCCGGUGCUAAUGAGCCGGCGCACGGCUGGCGCGCUCCCCCUCCCUCCAUCUCUCCAUCCAUCCUUUGCCUUGGUCCCUGCCGCUCUCUUCCGCUCUGCUCCCGAGGCUGGGGCGGGCUAAGGCAGCGGCGGCGCCGUGAGGGCCAGGGCUAGGCUGUCCUCGGGGUCCGUCUGCUGCCACCUGCCCUCUCGUCAGCCCGAGACACCUGGACAUCUGGGACAAAGGAGACCGGCUGGUCCUGGGGCCGGCCUCCCCCGCCGUGGGACGUGAAUCCGGGCCAUGGAGCGGCCGUGACCCAGGUGGUGCUGUCGGGGAUAGGAGCACGAUCUGGGGUCUCCACUUACCCCCGCAGGGAAUUUGGGAGCCGUCAUCUGGGGCGUUGUGGGGGGAGGGGUAUUUGAGACCGCUGGGAGGAGAUGAGAAGAGGUGAUGGGGGAGGGGGAGGCACUACGAGUCUGUGUGUUCGCCCACUCACUUAGGCUUCCCCUCCCAACAACACACACACUCACCCCGGUCCGGGAAACACCAGAACAGCAGGAUUGGAACUGUCGCGGGGUCAAGGGGGGUGUCAGUGUGUGUGUGUGGGGGGAUGUCGCUGGGGCCCAGACAUAGGAUGAAGCCCUGGCACGCUGUAGCCAGGGAAUCCUUGGAUGGAGGGGGCUAGGAGCUAGAGAAAGCAGAGGCCAAAUAGCCCAGCGUUUCCCAGUCUUUGCAGGUUAUUUCUGGGGAAAUGUAAGUCUUAGCUAGGCUCUGUACCUCCCCCAGCAUCUAGCAAUAGCCUUCUCUAAACACAGGCCUUUCAAGCCUUGGGUAACAAUUCUCUGUGGCAGUUAUGGGAUGGAGGUUAGAUUACUGGGAGAACUUUCUGAUAGUAGUUAGGGGGUACGAGUGUUCUUCUCUUUCUAGUGAAGGUGGGAGGGACAGAGGAGACACUGAGGCAGAGGGACCAAUGGCUGGGUUGGUCAGACACAGCAGUCAAGAAAACCUUAAAAACUUUCGGAGUGAGGGAGAGGACUGAGUCAGCUGUGCUGGGGGACUGAAGCCUGAGGGUUGACUGAAGGGUACAUGUGGGGGGGACCCGUGUGACUGGGCCUCUCUCCCAGGCCCCCCCGCCAAGUGUUCCCCUCAUCCGAAUCCCACCAUGGCGAGUGGGCGUCCAGAGCUGAAGAGGAGUUUCUCCAUAAUACCCUGCUUCAUCUUUGUGGAGAUACUUCUUGGAGAGCUUGCUCGAGCCUUCUUCCCAGCGCCCACCUCAACUGUGCCAGCCCUGAGGGAGAAGACUAUCGUGUGUGGGGACUGCUGCCGCUUCAGCCCAGCCCUCAGAAGGCUGGUCCGCUUCCUGGGUGUAUACUCCUUUGGCCUCUUCACCACAUCCAUCUUUGCCAAUGCUGGACAAGUGGUAACAGGGAAUCCUACCCCACACUUCCUGUCUGUCUGCCACCCCAAUUACACAGCUCUGGGCUGCCCACCACCAGCCACAGACAAGCCUGGACUGGACCGGUAUGUCACAGACCAAGGGGCCUGUGCGGCCGGCAACCCUGCCUUGGUUGCAGCUGCCCGACGUGCCUUCCCCUGCAAGGAUGCAGCCCUGUGUGCAUUUGCAGUCACCUAUACGGCGAUGUAUGUCACACUGGUGUUCAGAGUGAAGGGCUCCCGGCUGGUGAAGCCCUCGCUCUGCCUUGCCCUCCUCUGCCCAGCCUUCCUGGUGGGUGUGGUCCGUGUGGCUGAGUAUCGGAACCACUGGUCAGAUGUGCUGGCCGGAUUCCUGACUGGGGCAGCUAUUGCCACCUUCCUGGUCACCUGUGUUGUGAACAAGUUCCAGAACCGAGUGCCCCUACACCCGAGAGCAUUCAGAUGGGAGGGUCUGGGCCCAGUGCCUGCCAUUGAGAAUCCCCUUGAAAAGUUAAAUUCAGCCCAGGAGCCCAAGACCACUGCACCCCCGCUGCAGCCUGCCCGCCUCACCCCACCCAAGUUGCAGAGCUGUACCCGUCGGGGCCACCUGAUCCCCAGCUGCGUGUCUUCCCAGGCCCCCCCGAUGUGUUCUUCCCCACGUGUCCCCCGCGCUCGAGUGAGGUCUGAGCCAACUUUGCCUGCCAUGGUCCCUGGGCCCAGCCAGGGCCCCCCACCAUCCCCUGGACCAUCAGUGGCCGGUGGGGGUGGGGGUGGGGGUGGCCGGGGCCGGAAGCUGCUGCUGCCCACUCCUCUGCUGCGGGACCUCUACACCCUCAGUGGACUCUACCCCUCCCCCUUUCAUAGGGACAGCUUCAGUCCCUACCUGUUUGCCAGCCGGGACCACCUGCUAUGAACUCAGGUUCCUGGGUCCUGAGAGCCUCUGGCCCCAGAUCCUCCCUGGAGCCAAAUGUUCUCAGGCUGAGAGAGAGAGAGAGAGAGAGAGAGAGAGAGAGAGAGAGAGAGAGAGAGAGAGAGAGAGAGAGAAUGUGUGUGUGUGUGCCUGCCUGUGUGUGUGUGCCUGCCUGUGUGUGUCCCCACUAGCCAGUUCCACAUGGGGAUGGGGAUCAGGAUGGGUGGAGAAUUAAAAGAAAGUCGAGGCCUAGGUGGCUACAUCCCUACCCCCCUCCCUAGAUGGCUGGGCCCCAGGAGGGUCUUCAUCAGCAGGUCUGGGGGAAUCGGGGAUUGGGAAAGCUGAUGGGGGAGACCCUCCAUUGUCCCAGUGUUUGGAGAGGGGCCUGAAGCGCCUUCUUUAUAGGCAAAAGCUAAUAGAAGUAACCCUUGACCUCUUCUGCACAUUGAGGGCCUCUGUGUCUGUUGCCAACGAGAAAGCCCACAUUUCUGAGACUUGGGAGUGGGAGAAGAGAGAUGUGGAGGGAUAUCUGACACCAGCCAAUGAGAGGGCUUCGUGUCUAAGAAUAACAGGGGAUCUUGGUGCUUGCUAGGGUUGGGCUCCAGAUGUUCUGGAAUGCCAGUAUUGGGUAAUGAUUCCUAAUGAUAGGCCCUAGGUAUCAAAGAGUUCUUGGGGCACAGGGGUGGAGAGGGAAGAAGGAAAAGCCACCAAUGGGAGUCCCUUUGGAUGACUUCGAGAUCACCUUUCUUCAGAUAGCAGGAUGGAGAAAGGCAGUGUAUGUAGUGGGAAGGCAUUAGAUUAUCAGGGUCUUUCUACUAAAGCCACAGUUCUCAUUUUCUUCCCAUUGCAAGGUCAUUUGGUGGGGAAGCUCCCACCCAACCCUGGUAGCCUCCCCUAAUCCCCCCAGCCAAGUUGAACUUCCCCCCUCAUGCCCUAAUUCCAGUCAUUAUCUAAAUGACCUUGGACUCUGAGUUCCUCUCCAGCCACCAGUGCUAGGAAGAAGGGAUUCUUUUCUACCCUGGGCUCUGAGACUAAAGUAGGGAAAGGGGAAAAAGGAGAAAUUGGUACUGAUUCCCCCCCCCCAACUGCCCUUUCCAUUUUGUGGGAGUUAGGGUAGAGGAGAGGAUUCUCCUUUUGAACCUAAGGUCAGAGUCUUGUGGUAGAGAAUAGAAAAGAGGCAGGGGGUUUCUUGUGACAUACACCCUUGGGCAAUCAGUUUUCAUGCCCUGCUUCUUUGUCCCACCUCUACAAAAACAAAUUAAAAAAUUUCCUGACUUCCUGAAUUGGCUGUGCCAGUCUCAGGGCUCAAUGCCCCCCAGCAGCCCUGGCCUGCCCCGAGGAAAGCUAAAGGGGGUAACAGAGACCUUUCCUCCACUUGCAGUUUCACAGCCUUUAAUAAAGAUUUGUUUGUAUCAGAAA